AGGUUGCGUCAGGUCAGGCAUACUCCGAGCUGAUUGGUCGAAAAGGCGGUCGGGCGGGUCUCGCCUCGCCUGUGAUUGGCCAACGCCAGGCGUUGCCCUACAUGGCAAAAGCGAUUUCGCAAUCGGCUCUCCACUGACUCCAUGUCGGAAACCAAAACAGGCCGAGCUCUCGCACUACAACCGGAGCGGAAACUUUAGCGGCUACGCUGUCGUUCGUCGCCAAUUCUACACACUGGUUUCGACCCGUCAAGGUGCCCGUCCGGCAUUCCCCGCUCAGCCUGCGGUCACCCAAAUGAGCCGGCCGUCGCAGCCUAAAGUCACGUCAUCGGAGCACAACGGCGUAAGCGUCAUCCAGAGCCAGGUGGCCGUCGUCGGAGCCGGGCAGGCGCCCCAGCUGGUGCCCGCGCUCCCCUCGUCCCCGGGCGGCAAGGCCGCCGCCCCCGGCAAGAUGAAGAAGGCAACGGCCGACAAGGACAGCGACGAGUACCGCCAGCGCCGCGAGCGCAACAACCUGGCGGUGAAGAAGAGUCGGCAGCGUAGCAAGCAGAAGGCCAUGGACACGCAGCAGCGUGUCAACCAGCUAAAGGAGGAGAACGAGCGGCUGGAGGCUAAAAUCAAACUGCUCAGCAAAGAACUCAGCGUGCUGAAAGACCUCUUCCUGGAACACGCCCACAACCUGGCCGACAACGUGCAGCCCCCUUCCGGCGCUAGCCCCGCCACCGACAACCAGUGACGUCCCCCUAAAAUGGACGGGAAGUGACUUCACAUCCAAAGGAAAAUGAACUCCUUGCUUGUCAUUGACGUCCAAUCGGAUUAAAGUGGGAGGACUGGCUGCCCGUGCUCAUCUUUUCUUGACGUCCGAUCCAUUUUGGCCAAAUGGAUUGGUCAGCUCGCGCCGCUAAUAGAUGUUUUUUUUUUUUUUUUUAACCCCUUGAUGCCCGAAUUUACAAAUAAAAAGCAUUGGGGGUGGGGUGUAUGUACAUACAAAUAGUCAUCACAAAUAUAGAAAAUAAAUUGGCAAAAAAGCAACUACAAAUUGGGAAAUUCUAUGUUUUGACCAAAAAAAUAAAUCAAAAGAAUGUUCUAUAAUCUAUAUUUUUUAUUUUAGUGCCCCACCCAAAUUAUCUACCAAAUGUUUUUUUUCUUAUUCUUUUUAUUGGGUUUAUUUUUUAAUAUUAAUGGGGAAAUCCUAAAUUUACAUAAAUGGAAGAAAAAGUAGAAAAUUAAUUUGGGGGAGAUUACGGAAAUAACAAAUUCCUUCUUUUUGAUGAUAGCUUUGCAUGUCAUGUAUUUGAAUACCCAUUCAUUUCUAAUGGGCAAAAUUAUCCAUUGAUUUCCAAUGGCCCUAUUCGUUUGCCAUUCAUUUAAAUGGCACAAAAAAACCUCCAUUCACUCCUAUUGAUUUCCAACUCAACAGGAAGUGACAGUCAAAUGCCCCCAAAUCAACAGGAAGUGACCAUGGAAUGCCUCGAUCACCAGGAAGUGAUUCCGAAAUAACCCAAAAUAAACAGGGAGUGAUAAUAUAUGUACAGCAAGUGACUUGAUAUUUGUAGGAGGUCUAAGAUGCCUCAAAAUCAACCAGAAGUGACCAUAAAAUGUCGCCAAAUUGACAGGAAGUGACACAAUAUAUACAGGAAGUGAACCUGAAAUGUUCCCAAGUCAACAGGAAGUGAACCUGAAAUGCCUCGUUCACCAGGAAGUGACCCAAUAUGAACGGAAGUGACUUUGAAAUAACCCAAAAUAAACAGGAAGUGAUAAAAUAUGUACAGGAAGUGACCCAAUAAUGUAUAGGAAGUCUGAUAAGCCUCAAAAUCAAAAGGAAGUGACCCUGAAAUGCCUCCAGAUUGAUAGGAAGUGACCCUGAAAUGUUCCCAAAUCAACAGGAAGUGACCCUGAUAGGCCUAAAAAUCAACAGGAAGUGAACCUGUAUGAAUAGGAAGUGACCCUGAAAUACCCCCAAAUCAACAGGAAGUGACAAAAUAUGAAUAUUUUGUAGGAUAUCUGUAGGAAGUCCAAAAUGCCUCAAAAUCAACAGGAAGUGAUACAAUAUAUACAGGAAGUGAACCCGAAAUGUUACCAAAUCAACAGGAAUAAACAGGAAGUGACUCGAUAUGUAUAGGAAGUCUGAUAAGCCUCAAAAUCAAAAGGAAGUGACCCAGAAAUGCUGCCAAAUUGACAGGAAGUGACCCUGAAAUGCCCCCAAAUCCACAGGACGUGACCCCAAAAUGUUCCCAAAUCAACAGGAAGUGACCCUGGAAUGCCUCGAUCACCAGGAAGUGACCCAAUAUGAACAGGAAGUGACUCCAAAAUAACCCAAAAUAAACAGGAAGUGACCCAAUAAUGUAUAGGAAGUCUGAUAAGCCUCAAAAUCAAAAGGAAGUGACCCUGAAAUGCCUCCAGAUUGAUAGGAAGUGACCCUCAAAUGAUCCCAAAUCAACAGGAAGUGACCCUGAUAGGCCUCAAAAUCAACAGGAAGUGGCCCAAAAUCAGGAAGUGACCAUGAAAUACCCCAAAAUCGACAGGAAGUGACAAAAUAUGUAUCAGAAGUGACCCGAUAUCUGUAGGAAGUCCAAAAUGCCUCAAAAUCAACAGGAAGUGACCCAGUAGAUACAGGAAGUGACCCAAAAUGUUCCCAAAUCAACAGGAAUAAACAGGAAGUUACCCAAUAUCUACAGUAAAUCUGACAUGCCCCCAAAUCAGCAUGAAGUGACCUGAUAUCAACAGGAAGUGACCCCAGAUCAACAGGAAGUGACUCCAAAAUUCCCCAGAAUCAACAGGAAGUGACCCUCAUAGGCUUAAAAAUCAACAGGAAGUGACCGAUAAUCAACAGGAAGUGACCAUGAAAUACCCCGAAAUCAACAGAAAGUGACAAAAUAUGUAUAGGAAGUGAUCUGAUAUUUGUAGGAAGUCCAAAAUCAACAGGAAGUGACCCAGUAGAUACAGGAAGUGAACCCAAAAUGUCCCAAAAUCAACAGGAAUAAACAGGAAGUGACCCCAUAUCUACAGUAAGUCUGACAUGCCUCGCAAUCAACAGGAAGCGACCCUGGAAUGCCAUAAAAUCAACAGGAAGUGACUCCAAAAUGCCCCAGAAUCAACAGGAAGUGAUGCAUUAUUUAAAUUUUUUUUUUAAUGGGAUUUUUAUUUUACAAUUUUGUCAUUUGAAUAUUUUCUUGUCUGAUUUUUUUUAUAUUAGUAUUUUUGAUGGACUCUUAUAUGUAAAUUCGGGCAUACUGGGAGGAGCCAGUGAAGGAAUGUUCAUUGGCCCCUCCCACUUCAAACGGCUUGGACGUCUAGUGCCGCGUAACCAAUAACUUAACAAGGGAGUGACCCGAAAAUCCACAGGAAGUGACACGUGGUUGUAAAUUUUCAGGCAUUUUUUUUUUUUUUUUUUGCUCACUUCUUUGUUAACUCAUUGUCUGCCAUUGACGACACUCCACGUCCAAUCCAUUUGGACCGAAAGGGGGCGGUUUGGAGGUUUAGCGCCGUCAGACAAACGCGUGCGUAUUUAUACAAGCUAGCCGACACAAAGGAAAUGGUUUUCCCGAGGCAGUUUUCCAGACUUAACGGCAAAGACAGCGAUUCCGUGCAGCGCUAAUUGUCUUUUCAUUAGCAUAUUUGUUCCGAAGCGCAGUUCCAAUUGCGUUUAUUAGCAUGUUUCCCCUAGCGUGGCUAACACUAAAGGUUCAUUAGCAUGUUCCUUUCUCCCUUCACCCUAGCAUGGCUAACCCUCAAUGUUUUGCGGUGUCAUUUUUUUUUGUUACCGACAACCGCCGAUUCUCGUCUUGACUUUUGUGUCAUAAAACAUGUUGAAAUUGGACCAAGAACAUCAGAUCUUAUUUAUUAAAUGAUGCCAUUGAAUACAA